GGAUCAUUCAGAUCUCCAACACAGAGCAGUAGAAAGAUUACCUGUUUCUGACUAAAAGUUUUAUGACCAAAUCAUAUCGACAUUGUGUGGAUUUUGUCAUCGAUAAUUUCCGAUGAGAACAUUCCCAUACUCUCUAUUCCAUCGCAAGUACUCUAUAGACCGGUACAUACCGACCAAGUGAUGAAGCUAAACCACCAUUAACGACACCUUCAAGCAGAAACAAUUUCAAUACCGGUACUUUCGUUUCAUUGAUACAUCAACUCUACCUCGAGUCAUUAUAUCAAUUGAAGAGAUAGAUCCCGCAUGCUCCAACGAUGACGGACCCACUGCAUAAUGCUUAUCCUAGAUCACCGAUACCUUCUACAUCAUCUUAUGAUUCAUCUUCGGUAUCUUCUGCGACCUCACCCAGGCCUCAAGGACUUUACGAAGGAGGAUUAAUGGGAGCUUCGCCACGGCCAAUGACCGGAAACAUCCCUCAUCCACAACACAUGGCAAUGACUUCAGGGCUUCCGCCACCCGGACAAAGUCCUUUCCACCACAGUUACAGCUCUGCUACUACAUCCCCAGGCGGAAUGGGUAUGGAUUCCAUAGCAUCAACUGGGUCGUCAAGCGGCACUCCAGGCCCUUCUGUUGGACAAAUGACAUCGGCAAACAUGCAAGCGCAAAAGCGAGCAUAUCGACAACGAAGAAAAGAUCCAAGUUGUGAUGCCUGUCGAGAACGUAAAGUUAAAUGCGAUGCAACGGAAACUAGUAGCUGUUCGGAGUGCUCUAGUAGGAAUGUCAAAUGUCAGUUUACGAAAGAGACAAAUAGACGCAUGUCUUCUAUUAAACAGGUUCAAGAUUUGGAGAAACAGAUUGCCCAAGUCAAGCGCGAGAAUAACCAAUUGAGAGCUAUGCUCAGUAUGAAAGAGGAUCAAAUGGAUGUUGAUGAAGGUUCGACUUCUAUUUCUUUACCAGAGAUUGGAUCGCAACCUAAAAAGAGACCAAGAGCCCCUCUGCUACACGAUUUGUCAAAAAUACAAUCAAGUAUCGGGAAUUAUAGCCAUGGAAUCUUCAAAACUCCAGUUCCAUACCGACAAACAGGAUCACCAGUAAACAGGACUUCUUCACCUCCCGAACUGCCUGCCAAGCAUCUCGCAGAUCACCUCCUGAGAGCCUAUUAUUCUUCCAUACAUCUGGUAACACCCAUAUUACAUUGGCCAAACUUUGAGCGCGAAUAUGAAGAAGUUUACAAAAAGGGCUCUUUGGAAAGUACAUCGCAGAACUGGACUGCAUUAUUCUUUGCAGUGAUGGCAGUGGGCGUUCUUUUCAGCACAGAGCCUAGUAUUCAAAGACCUUACAAAGGUAAAGAAUACAUAGAACUAUCCAUGAACCUUACGGAUCUUUGGAAGGACGAUUACAGCAUAGAUCAUGCACGCACAGCUCUUCUCAUCAGUAUAUUUCUUUACGAAAUGAAUCUUAAAUCAGCAGCGUGGAUAUGGCUUGGGUCAACUGUUCGAAUAGGACAAGAUUUGGGUCUUCAUUGCGAGACGGGACCAUGGCAAUUAGUUGAAGAUGAAAUGCGCAGAAGAGUAUGGUGGGGGGUCUAUGUUUGGGACCGGCACAUGUCUCUUGAGCUCGGAAGACCCCUUCUUAUCGACGAUGCAGAUUGCGAUGUUAACCUCCCAAACCCUAUUGAUGAAUUUUAUCUGGGCUAUCGAUCUCCACCCGCACCUCAAAACAGUGCACAAACAAGCCUGCCGUCAACCUAUCUUCUUCCCAUCAUUCACACCAUGCGCGCCGUAGGGCCUCUUCUCAAGACCCUCAAAUUACCCAUUAUUCCCCCCUCCACAAUUUCCAUAUUCGACACACAUUUUACAAACUGCCUAUCCGCUUUCCCACUUCCCUUCCAUCUCUCUUCCUCCGACUCUCUCGAAUCCACAACUAUCGUCCCCAUCUAUCACCUCCUCAACGCACGUCUCCUACUUCACCGCCACAAUCUCACCACAUCUUCACCACCCGAUCUACGCGCAUCCGCUAUCGAAUCCUGUAUCAUAGAUUCUAUGAACAGUGCUUCUAUAGUCUCUCGCGCUCUCCCUCAAAGUUCCACAAGUCCACUCUCCUCGCAAAAUAGGAGCUGGGGCCAAAGUGCUAGCGCAAUGGUAUGUAUGCAUAUAUGGCGGUGCACCCUAUUUUUACUGUUUGGAGGGCGAUUCGACGCUGCUGCGACGUGUAUUAGAGCGCUUGCUUAUGUCGGAUUCGAAAGAGAAGUUAAUGUGGCUUGUGGAAGAUACAUUGGAUUUUUCUUGGGUGUGUUGAUUGAUAAGAAAAGGAGUUCAGAAAACAAAAGUAGGGAGCAGGUGUAUUUGGGUCAGAGUCCCAACCAGAGGGUAGGAAGAUUUGAUAUGGAUGAAGAAGUAUUAGUGUACUUGAGUGGAGAUCUGCAAGGCGGAGAGGAGGGUUGGAUUUGGCAGAACAGAGAAGUGAUGGGGAUGAGGAGUCCGAAUGUUGCUGGAGGAGCGGGUGUGACGAGUCCUACAUUAUCGAGAGAGGGAGAUAGAGAUAGGGAGAUGGGAGGUAUGAGUGGAGGACUUUUGGUGCUUGGAGAGGCGGAAGCGAGGGACUGGGGUGGGUGGGAAAGAGUGCAAUAUUUGGUAGAUAUUUUGGCUAGAGAAUCUAACGCGUCUGGGCCCGUGUCAGGUUCUGGAUCUCUCCCUGGACAGGGACAAGGACAAGGAAAUGCAUAUUUGCCCGAGCCCCGAGGUAUAUUUGGUCUAGGCUUGGGUGUAGCUCCAGGAGUAGCAGGAGGAAUGAGCGGCACAACAGGAGGAUCAAUGGGAGCGAGUGCAAUGGGCCCAAUUUCAGCAAAACCACAAACAAGCCCUCCAGCCCGAAGAGACGACAGAAAUCGUGGCAACGAACGGAUGAGUAUUACAAACAUCAUCUGAUCCCGAGAUUCAUCGAACGACGCAUGAAACUCAACGGCUGAUCUCCAGUUACCGCUCUAUUCGAUUUUACACCAGCAAAAUCUACAAAACAAAUAUUUUCGUUGUAUAUAAUUUCAUGUUUGUAUUCUUUCUUGUCAAAGGAAGCGGAACUGAAAGGGGGGUAUAGUGGGCGAGGUAUUCGUGGGUAGUGGGUAAUGUCCUUAUAUCUCACUCCGAACAGCAAGAGAACGGCGUUGGUAUAGAGUGUGUUUGAUGAUUGCGCCGACAAAGGAAACGGAACAUAGACAGAUACCUUCUACCAUUAUGGAUUUGGCGUGGCCCAAAAGUUUUCUUUUGUUUAUUUUGCAUAUAUAUCCGCAGGCAUUGCCGUCUGCUGUCGUUUAGUUUAUGUUUAUGUAGUGUGUAAAAGAUAGUUAUAAUAUAUUAUAGUAGUUAAUUUGCGGAAAUUGAUGAACUCCUA